AUGGAGGCCGGUCAAGAUACUGAUCUACAGUUCGGAACUAUUAACCAGGCUUUUGAAGGAGAAGUCCUUAAUACGCUCAGGAGUCCGGUUGGGUUUGCUUCGGUUGAUGCCGUCGGUCGGUCUGGUGGUUUAGCCUCUUGCUGGGACCCUGGAAUCUUCUCCGUUGACUCAGUAAUUAAGAGUCAGCGGUUCCUUGUGGUCUCUGGCUCUGCAAAAGGCUUGGCUCAAAAAAUUAAUAUUUUGAACACUCAUGCCCCGAACGACCUUCCUGGUCGCAGAACGCUUUGGGAUUCCAUCGUUGACAUCAAAAUGCAACUAGCUGGAUUCUGGGUCAUCUUAGGUGAUUUUAACGACGUGAGGCAGCCUCAUGAGCGUGUUAAUUCUCGGUAUGAUCCUACUUCAUCCGCUGAGUUUAAUGACUUCAUAAGCAGGGCUGGUUUGCUGGAAUAUAAUAUGUCAGGUGGUAAAUUCACCUACAUAUCUGAUAACUCAGACAUUAAAUUCAGCAAGCUUGAUAGAAUCCUAGGGAGACAAAACCUUGGCAGCUUUGUUAAAAAAACAUCAAGACUGAUAUCAAGAAAUGGAGGGCCAAGGUCCGUAUUCAGGAAGAAAAGGAGGGCCAAGGUCCGUAUUCAGGAAGAAAAGGAGAUAGAAGAGUUGCGUAAUGAGGCUGAAAGGUUGGAGAAGCUGGCUGUAACAGGUAAUCUCACUGCGGGAGAAAAACAACUGCGGGUUGAGACCCGACUAAAGAUAAAAAAGGUGGAACUGGCCAGAAUUAGAGACCUCCAUCAAAAGGCCAGAAUUAAAUGGUUAAAAGAGGGGGACGAAAACACGCGGUUUUUUCAUGGGGUCUUAAAUAUCAACCGGGCAACGAGCAGGAUCAACGGCUUAACCAUUGGAGGGGUUUGGGUUACGGACCCAAUCAUAAUCAAAGAGGACAUUCGGAGAUGGUUUCGUAAACAAUUCGCUGAACCAAUGAGAAGGAGACCCGACUUCUCUAAUUUGGGCUCCCAACUGUCUCCGCAGAUCAAGCUGUGUCCCUUGUUGCUGAUUUCUCAUUGGAUGAAAUACGUUUGGCGAUUAGGAGCUGUGAUGGAAACAAGGCCCCGGGCCCGGAUGGUUUCACUUUGA